CCCCAGAUGUUAUGAAGACGUUUACUUCUCUCCUGGACGUGAUGAUGAAGAUACUUUUAAUAACUUUUCUCCUGUUUCCUGAAACGAUCCUGGGAGAGCAUCAUCUCACCUGCCCUCAGACGAUAGAGGCAGCAGAAGGAGAUGAUGUCAAUAUACAGUGUCGUCUGGACCCCCCCGUCAACUUGUCUGACUACACACUGGAUGUGGCGAGACUCGACCUCGGUGACGAUGAUGGUGAUGUCUACUGCUAUCGACAUGGAAAGGACCACCUGGAUGACCAGAUGGAUCGAUACAGAGGCAGAACAACUCUCAACCAUGAAGACCUGAUCAGAGGAAACAUGAGGCUGAAGAUCUCCUCAGUAAAUCUGUCUGAUCGUGGAAAUUACAUAGUCUUUCUCAAAAAGCUGCGAGCCCAUUCUGUUAUUAACAUCACUGUUGUUUCCAAAGACCAAGCGAACAGGACAAAGAGAACUGAUUCCAGCACAUCUGGACCUCCAGUGGAAGAAGAGACAGAGUCAGACCAUCGGGGGGAUGGUGAGAACAGGAAGACUGCCCGUGCUGUUAUCCUUCCCUCUGUUCUCCUCCUCUGGAUUCUCCUUGUUCUGUUGUUGAAGUCAAACCAGAACCGGACUGAAACCAUCAAACAGACUGAUCCUGAGUUGUAUCGAGAGGCUCAGAGGAAGGAAGGAGCAAGAACCAGAGAACGCCCUGAACCUGAACAUGGAAGCAGCCAAAGACCCGGAGAGAUCUGCAGGAAAUGGCGUCUUACUGUAGGAAACCUCGUCUGA